CCUUCCUCCUCUUAUCCCCUUCAGUACUCUUUCACCACACACCAAACAACUCAAAACUUCUUCUUCUUCGGCUUCUCCAAAUUAGGGUUAGGGUUUUGCCAGUUCCAAUUCUUCAAUAAUCAUUUCCAAUGGCUUCCUCCACAGCUCAGAUAAACGUGCUCGGCGUAGCACCAGGCUCUUCUUCCUUCAGGAAGCACAAUUUCAGAAACCCUAGGACGGUCUUCCUUGGUCAGAGGCUUGGGAGUACGGCGUCGUUUCCUUGCUCGGCGUUCCUGAGGACGGGGACCAACGGCAUCAGGAGAGUGGGACCCCUUCGGGUGGUGAGCGAGAAGGUUGUGGGGAUCGAUUUGGGGACGACGAACUCGGCGGUCGGGGCUAUGGAGGGCGGCAAGCCGACGAUAGUCACCAACGCCGAGGGACAGAGGACGACGCCGUCGGUGGUGGCUUACACAAAGAACGGGGACAGACUUGUCGGUCAGAUCGCCAAGAGACAGGCCGUCGUUAACCCCGAGAACACCUUCUUCUCCGUCAAGAGGUUCAUCGGAAGGAAGAUGUCGGAGGUCGACGAGGAGUCCAAGCAGGUCUCCUACAGAGUUGUUAGGGACGAGAAUGGCAACGUCAAGCUUGAUUGCCCUGCCAUUGGCAAACAGUUCGCCGCCGAAGAAAUUUCGGCUCAGGUUUUGAGAAAGCUUGUGGAUGAUGCUUCAAAGUUUUUGAAUGACAAAGUGACUAAAGCUGUUGUCACCGUGCCCGCAUACUUCAAUGACUCUCAAAGAACAGCUACAAAAGAUGCUGGUCGUAUUGCUGGUUUAGAGGUUCUUCGUAUUAUAAAUGAACCCACUGCUGCUUCAUUGGCCUAUGGGUUUGAGAAGAAGAACAAUGAGACAAUCUUGGUUUUUGACCUUGGAGGUGGUACUUUUGAUGUGUCAGUUCUGGAGGUUGGUGAUGGAGUGUUUGAAGUGCUGUCAACUUCUGGUGAUACACAUUUGGGUGGAGAUGACUUUGACAAGAGGAUUGUUGAUUGGCUAGCUGCCGCGUUCAAACGGGAUGAAGGAAUAGACCUGUUGAAGGACAAACAAGCUCUUCAGAGGCUAACUGAGACAGCUGAGAAAGCGAAAAUGGAGUUGUCAUCUUUGACUCAAACCAACAUUAGUUUGCCUUUCAUUACAGCCACUGCUGACGGCCCCAAACACAUCGAAACCACCAUUACCAGGGCUAAGUUUGAGGAGCUUUGCUCAGAUCUCCUUGACAGGCUUAAAACACCAGUGGAAAAUGCCUUGAGGGAUGCAAAACUCUCCUUCAAGGAUCUUGAUGAAGUGAUCCUUGUUGGUGGGUCGACACGUAUCCCUGCUGUUCAAGAGCUUGUGAAGAAGCUGACCGGGAAGGAGCCUAAUGUUACAGUCAAUCCCGAUGAAGUUGUUGCUUUGGGUGCUGCAGUUCAGGCUGGUGUGUUGGCUGGAGAUGUCAGUGACAUUGUGCUCUUGGAUGUAACCCCAUUGUCGCUGGGUUUGGAAACCCUGGGUGGAGUCAUGACGAAGAUCAUCCCAAGAAACACCACCCUGCCUACUUCAAAGUCGGAGGUGUUCUCUACAGCUGCUGAUGGCCAGACAAGUGUGGAGAUUAAUGUUCUUCAGGGUGAGAGAGAAUUUGUGAGGGACAACAAGUCUCUCGGCAGCUUCCGGUUGGAUGGUAUCCCACCUGCACCUCGUGGGGUUCCUCAGAUUGAGGUCAAAUUCGACAUCGAUGCGAAUGGUAUUCUCUCUGUCACGGCUAUUGACAAGGGUACCGGGAAGAAGCAAGACAUUACGAUCACCGGUGCCAGCACAUUGCCCAAUGAUGAGGUGAGUAGAAUGGUUAAGGAAGCAGAGAAGUUCGCAAAGGAGGAUAAAGAGAAGAGAGAUGCAAUUGACACAAAGAAUCAGGCCGAUUCGGUUGUCUACCAGACAGAGAAGCAGCUCAAGGAGCUGGGAGACAAGGUUCCUGGUGCUGUUAAAGAAAAGGUUGAGGCCAAACUUGGAGAGCUCAAGGAAGCCAUUUCAGGAGGCUCUACCCAAGCUAUUAAGGAUGCAAUGGCGGCCCUCAACCAGGAAGUGAUGCAGCUCGGUCAGUCCCUUUACAACCAGCCUGGUGCUGCUCCCGGUGCUGGACCAGCCCCUGGUGGUGAAACCGGACCCUCGGACUCAUCUUCCUCGUCCUCCUCCAAGGGACCCGAUGGAGAUGUCAUUGAUGCAGAUUUCACGGACAGCAAGUGACAUGUCUAGGUAGAUGGACGAUCCUUAGAUUUAUUUUCUUUCUUUUUUUUCCCCUUGAUUUUUCUUUGUUUAGUAAAUGUUUAUAGAAGUGGUUUUUUUGGCGGGGAGUUUGGAUCUGGAUUUUGGACUACUUUUCCAGUCAUUUUUGUUUGUGGAGAAACGAGAAAGGAUGUUAUUUAGAUUCAGAAAAUAGCGGAUGAAUUUAAGAAGCAAAAAUGUUGGGGUUUCGGAUUGAAGCCUACGCACAUUGUUCCAAAUAUUAAACAAGGACUUGCGUAGCCAUAUGAUGAAUUUUGACAUGAUAAAUUAUUUAUCGGGUUUCUUA